GUGGAAGCGGAUGUUGAUGUAAAUGUUUGCUCCGUGCUCACGUUGGAGGCUCACCACGCUGCUUUUUUCAUGCCUUUUUUUGCGGGAUGGACGCUUUUGAUUUAUUCCGAAAGCUUGGCUCUGGGGCUAAAUUUGAUCUGAAAAGAUUUGGUCAAGAUGCCGCACGGUUUAAGGCACACAGACCCAAAGAAGCAGAUGCCGCAGAUCCUCUUUUUGCCAUUGACUACUUUGGCAAAAGCUCAACCAACACCAGACAGCAGCAGGAGGAAGAUGACCACAACAAAGAUGAUGCUGUGAAUGCAAGUGAAGAAAGCGAUGCUGGAGUUAAAAGAAAGAGGAAAGAUGAACGAGCAGAUGGCAAAACAAUUAAGAACAAGAAGAAAAAGUCUGAAGUGGAAUUUACAGCUCUAAGUGAACAUAACAAAGCUGCUGAUGGAGAGGGAAUUUCUUGGACAUCAGAUUUGGACAAAAGAAUUCAAAGCCUGCAAAGUGGAGAUAAGGAUAAGAACACCCUAAAAAGGCUGAAGCAUCUUCAUCAGGAGAAGGUGAAUCGUAUUCGCGCUCAACAUCGUAUAAAUGUACACGGUUGUGAUGUCCCUGAUCCUGUGUGUACAUUUGAAAAGCUUCAAUCUGAAUACAAACUUCAAUCAUGUAUUCUUCAAAACCUCAAAGAUGCAGGCCUCGAUUCUCCCACACCUAUCCAGAUGCAGGCAAUACCUCUGAUGAUGCAUGGUCGUGAAGUCUUGGCAUGCGCCCCUACAGGUUCAGGAAAGACUUUGGCUUUCUGUUUGCCUCUGCUUGCAAAUCUGCAGCAACCAGUCAACAUAGGGUUCAGAGCUGUGGUCAUAUCCCCAACCAGAGAGUUGGCCAGUCAGACUUACAGAGAGCUACUUCGCUUGUCAGAUGGAGUUGGAUUUAGAGUUCACAUUAUUGAUAAAGCUUCCUUGGCAGCUAAAAAAUAUGGACCACAAUCCAGCAAAAAAUAUGACAUACUUGUCAGUACCCCAAAUAGAUUAAUCUACCUUUUAAAUCAGGAUCCUCCAUCUUUGGACCUCAGCAGUGUGGAGUGGCUUGUUGUGGAUGAGUCCGAUAAACUGUUUGAGGAUGGUAAGAGUGGAUUCAGGGAUCAGCUGGCUACCAUCUUUUUGGCCUGUUCUGGUCCAAAGGUUCGCAGGGCCUUCUUCAGUGCCACCUGUACGCCAGACGUUGAGCAGUGGUGUCGCCUCAAUCUCGAUAACUUGGUGACUGUCAAUAUAGGACACAGGAAUACAGCUGUGGAGACCGUGGAACAGGAGCUACUGUUUGUUGGGAGUGAGGAUGGAAAACUAGUGGCAAUGAGAGACAUUAUCAAAAAAGGUUUCUUGCCUCCUAUGUUGGUAUUUGUUCAGUCUAUAGAGCGAGCAAGGGAGCUCUUCCAUGAGUUGGUAUAUGAAGGCAUUAAUGUUGAUGUAAUUCAUGCAGACCGCACACAGCAGCAGAGAGACAAUGUAGUGAACAGUUUUCGUUCUGGUCACAUUUGGGUGUUGAUUUGUACAGCAUUGCUUGCCCGAGGAAUCGACUUCAAAGGUGUAAACCUGGUACUAAAUUAUGACUUUCCCACCAGUGCUGUGGAAUACAUCCAUAGAAUAGGUCGUACGGGCAGAGCUGGCCAUUCUGGAAAAGCCAUAACCUUUUUUACAGAAAAUGAUAAACCACUCCUGCGCAGCAUUGCCAGUGUUAUAAAACAAGCUGGGUGUCCUGUUCCUGAUUACAUGAUUGGUUUCAAGAAAAUACACAGCAAAGUCAAGAGACAACUUCAGAAGAAACCUCCAAAGAGAAGCACCAUUUGCACAACUCCACGCUUUUUGAUGAAGAAAAAGCCAAAAUCCACCCAAAAAGGAAAGAACGGAGCAGGAGGUGAAAGUGGAUCUCAAAGCAGCAUCAAGCAAAUGAUGACUGUAAACAACACGAAGAAACGUAAAAACCAACAUGCACAGAAAGAAAGUGCAGCUGAAAGUGUGCAAAAGACUGGGUCAAAGAAAAUGGCAUCAAGGACUCAAUCAAAAAUUAAAAAGAAAAAGGUGAAGAUGCCACAGGAAACUUAGAGGGCUGCAAAAGUAUUUUGUGAAUAUUACAGACAUAAAUUGAAUAUGUGUUUUGCUUUAUUAAUGGCUAGAUAUAAAUAAACUUUUGUAUGUAAAUCA